AUGGCUUCUUCUCAACCCAUUAUAAUUUACUUUAUUGGAUUGAGUUUUUUCUUAUUGCUAGCUUGUGCUACUAGUUGUUACACAUCCAUUUUUGGAUUUGGUGAUUCACUUACUGAUACUGGAAACUUAGUGCACCUCUAUCCACAUGGUAAUAAACCUCACAUGUAUUUUCCUCCUUAUGGAAAGACAUACUUCCAUCAUCCCACUGGUCUUUGCUCUGAUGGACGUCUUCUCAUAGAUCUCAUUGCACAACAUUAUGGACUUCCACUUCCACCACCUUCACUUGAUGGAAGAAAUGUUCAAAAUGGAACAAAUUUUGCAGUGGUGGGAUCAAGAGUAAUGGAUGCACAAUUCUAUGAGAAGAGAGGAAUUUAUGAAAUAGUAACAAAUGUUUCUAUGUGGGAUCAAUUGAAUUGGUUUAAACAAAUGCUUCCACAUUUAUGUCAUAAUUCUUCAGGCUGCAAAGAGUUUUUAGAGAGCUCCUUAUUUCUUCUUGGGGAAUUUGGAGGCAAUGAUUAUACACAUGCACUUCUUUCACACAAAACUUUAAAUGACAUUCUUCCCAUCAUCCCUUUAGUUACCCAAUCUAUUGCCUCAGGUGCUCAUGAGCUAGUGGAGCUUGGGGUAAAGACAAUAAUAGUGCCAAGUGUGUUACCACUUGGAUGUACUUCAUCCUAUUUGACAAAUUUUGAGAGCUUGAAUGAAGAAGACUAUGAUGAAUUAGGUUGUCUCAUUUGGCCAAAUGAAUUUGCUUCCUAUCAUAAUGAACUUCUUCAAAAGGAAUUACAUCGACUUAGAGAGCUUCAUCCUCAUGUCAAUAUUAUCUAUGCUGAUUAUUACAAUGCUUCUAUGCAACUUUAUCGAGCUCCUCGAAAAUAUGGAUUUUUUAAGGGUGUACUAAUAGCAUGUUGUGGAGGUGGAGGUCCUUAUAAUUUCAAUAUUUCUGCUCAAUGUGGCACUUCUCAAGCAACAAGUUGUGAGGAUCCUAACCAAUAUGUGAAUUGGGAUGGAUAUCACUUUACAGAGGCUGCUUAUAGAUGGAUGACAAAAAGUUUAUUGGAAGGCCCAUUCACUUAUCCUCCUAUGAAGAAUUUGUGUCUUUUUGAUGUUAUUGAGGCCCGAGUUUCCCAAAUUUAA